UGCCGUGUUUCACCGAUGUCGUGUCAAAGCAGCUGUCACGGAACAAAUUUUCUUCCUCCGCCAGGAAACAGUGGAAAAGAGCGAGUCAGGACGAGCUUUGGGGCACCGGAAGCUUCCUCGAGCGACACAUUGUGAUCUCUGCCCGUGCCUGGGAGCAGCAAUAUCGUGGUGACCACAGUACAAUGGGCGGCCUCCUCAGCUACUUCCGCGGCCUGCUGGGCUCCAGGGAGAUGCGCAUCCUGAUCCUGGGCCUGGACGGCGCCGGCAAGACCACAAUCCUGUACCGACUGCAGGUGGGCGAGGUGGUCACGACAAUUCCAACAAUAGGCUUUAACGUAGAGCAGGUCACAUACAAGAACCUCAAGUUCCAGGUCUGGGAUCUCGGCGGCCAGACGAGUAUCAGGCCGUACUGGCGAUGCUACUACAGCAACACAGACGCCAUCAUCUACGUGGUAGAUUCGGCGGACAGGGACAGGAUAGGCAUCUCAAAGGACGAGCUGCUGUACAUGCUGCGCGAGGAGGAACUGGCGGGCGCCAUUCUGGUGGUGCUGGCCAACAAACAGGACAUGGACGGCUGCAUGAGCGUGGCGGAAGUCCACCAGGCGCUAGGCUUAGACGCACUCAAGAACCGCACUUUCCAAAUAUUCAAGACGUCCGCGAAGAAGGGCGAAGGCCUAGAUCCUGCCAUGGAUUGGCUCUCGACGGCGCUGCAGUCGAGAAAAUAGCCUCGCAUCGCGAAUCAUUUCUACUAUAAAUUAUUAAAAAGCAUUAUUAAUUGUCUCUUUUGCGCCCCGACAGAAAACAUGAGCGAUGCAUUUCUUUUUAAAUCUUGAUAUCAGUGAUUUUUUGGGCAGUGUGAAAAUGUGGAAAAGUCAUCAUUUUGCACAAUUCCCGAAAAUGUUGUCAGAGAAAGAGAGAUAAAUUUAUUCAUAAAUAUAUUGUAAAACUAUUUGAUAAAUGAUUGAAGAUGAAGCUAUGAAUAGAUGUGAGAUGAACAAA